GAGCUGACGUCGGCGUGUUGAGGUGCUGAGUCGUCAGUCUGACUGAUGGUCAGCUGACACAGUUUGUUAAUCACCUCAGAUCAUUUAUUGAGUGAAGUCCUCUCUCUCUCUUUCCCUUUCAUCUGAAGUCUGACAUUGGAUUUGAUAUUCUUCUCCAGAGACAUCACCUUCUCUCUGCCUAUAACUAAAGAAAGGAACAGUUGUCUACAACUUCUCCGGACUCCCAGAAACCUACCAGUUCACAUCUCUUGCGCCUUUAACAGUAGCUGUGGCUGUUUGGACGUGGAGCUUUUAUUUUGAAAGCGACUCUGUUUUCCUUUAGUGACGUUUCAGCGCAGCGGCCAAUCAGCUCGCAGUCCUAGAUCAGACAUGUUUAUCUGCAGCUUCCGUGUUGUUUCUGUGUAGAGUCUGCGGCUGCUCCUCUGUUGUUGUGCUGAGGAGUUCACCGACAUGUCAGCAGAUAUUCAGCAGAGUAUGUGGACAGAGCCAGCCCUCACGCGGAGUCCCUUCGGAUCGGGCAGUCAAGGAAACUUCAGCUCUUUGUGCCCUAAUGGCUCCCAGUGGGUUUGGAAUGGUCUUGGGGAAUGUGCCCAGGAUGCCAGGGACAUGGCCAGCAUCUACCUAGGCCUCCUGUCCAUCCUCUGCUUCAUGGUGUCUUCACUUCCACAGUACUACAGCUCGUGCAAAACCGGGAAUAUGGACAGUGCCCUUUCCAUUUGGUUCCUGUUGCUGUGGUUGGGAGGUGACACAUGUAAUCUGGUGGGCUCCUUCCUGGCAGACCAGCUUCCACUUCAGACAUACACGGCUGUUUAUUACGUGUUUGCUGACAUACUGAUGCUGGCCAUGUACUGUUACUACAAGUUAAACAACAGAAUGGAUGAAAGAAGGAGGGUUUUGAACGUGGUGGGUGUAGCCUGCGCCCUGGGCGUCACAGCAAACCUCAUCCACCUUCCAGGGCCGGCUGCGAGACAGGAAGAUAUCUCCUCGGGGUUCAGAAGUCGCGCCUUGCUCUCGACCUCUACCCUGAGCCAUGUCAAGGCUUUUUCCCCCAAAGAGAUCAUUGGUUUCUCCAUUGGCUCAGUGUCAUCGGUGCUCUACCUGUGUUCUAGACUUCCUCAGAUGUACACUAAUUUCAAGAGAAAGUCGACAGAGGGAGUGUCUUUCUUCCUGUUCGCGCUGGUCAUCCUGGGAAACACCACAUACGGCCUGAGUGUCCUACUUAAGAACCCAGACGACGGCCAAGGCGAGAAAAGCUACAUGAUCCAUCACCUGCCCUGGCUCAUCGGCAGCCUCGGCACCCUCUCUCUAGACGUCCUUAUCUCCAUCCAGUUCAUCAUUUACCGCAAGGGUCCAGGGCCGCUGGACACCGGCUAUGACGAGACGUCGCCUCUGAUCGCGACCUGAAGGGACAAAACGAAGGGCGAAGCAGAGGGACAUGAGCACUUGCUUUCCGAGAACCCUCCAAAUCACAUUUACAGCACAAAAUCAAGAUGAGAACCAAACUGUACAUUUUAUUUUAAUUUCAUUGUUUUAUUUAUUAUGCUCUUUUAUUGCAAAGUUUACAAUGUGUUCUUAUCAGCUAAGUGAAGCCACAGAUUCUUCACUUGGGUUCAGCUGCAGUGAUGUGACUCACGCUGCUUCUCUAGUUUCUAAUAGAUGUAGAUACAUGGACAUGGCAAUAUGUGUUACCUCAUUCAGCGUUAGAGACAUAACUGACAUCGUUUUUAUUGAACAUUUUUAUGAUUGCUGAUUCAAUAUUAGUUUUAAAAGGGACGAUUGAGGCGUCAGAUGUUGAUAUAAACUCCUGUCAGCCUCCUCUCCUCUUGAUUUUAGGUCAACAUCAGUUGGAUAAAAGACAUGAUGUCAGAAACCUGCUGUUGAGAGCGAACAGUCAACACAGAGGUUUUUAUUUUUUAAGUUUUAAAACUCGGACCAUAUGAAAUAUACAUUUGUAUGAAGUUGUGACAGAUUUUAUUUACAGGGUUUUAGCUGGUGUUUUUUGGGGGCUCUCCGAUAAAUGCACAAAAUAUCACCUCAUAUUUGGGAAAAAAUUGUUUUUUUUGUAACUUCUUAAAACAGUCAUGUGUAAAUACAUAUACCAGCCAUGAAAGUAUCUUGGAGAAUUUACGUUUUUUUUUGCAUUUUAUUGCUAUUUUUAAUUGUAAUCAUACCUUCUCAUUUUAUUUUAUUUUUUUAAUCUUUUAUUGUUUGUUUUUAAAAUCAAACAACUUAGUUUAAUUUACACAUUUUCACUUUCAAAAGUUUUGCCCAUUUUCAUGGUUUAUUUUUUAUUUUGAGGUAUGUUAAAUAUCCGUGUUGGGUCAGUGUACUGUAAACAAACAAAUAAACAACAUGUUUUAUCUGUGUCUA